AUGUACACUUCCCUCAAGAACUUAAGAGCUCGGCGAAGGCUUGCUCAUACGCUGCGAGGGAUCAAGGCAAGAGUCAACGACAUCGCUCAGGAACAGCCAAGAUUGUUAACAACCUCUGCUCACACUGCCCACAACUACAACAAAUGGUGGUAUGAUAGUCGAGGGGAUGCCCUUUUGCUAGAAGAGUCGGAUCUGGUAGGUAUUGAAAAUCCCAAGCAUUUUCUUGUUAACCUCCUGCUUGCUGUUGAUGAUGAUUUAAGGGUCCAUUCUGUAGUGGGUAUGGGGGGAUUGGGAAAGACUACUUUGGUUAAAAAGGUUUAUGAUGAUGCCAAAGUGAUAAAUCACUUUCAGUAUCGUGUGUGGGUUACAAUUUCUGAAACAUUUAAGAUUGAGGAGUUGCUGAAAGAUGCAACUAAACAACUAGUGAAGCAAACUAAGCAAGAUCUCCCUCAAGAUUUUGAAACCAUGGACUCAAAUAAAUUGAAAGAAUUCAUUAAGAAUAUUCUUUCAUGCCAAAGAUACAUCAUUGUUCUUGAUGACAUUUGGGACAUUAAUGCUUGGAUGGCUAUAAAAUAUUCUUUUCCUAGGCAGAGUUUUGGUAGCCGUAUAGUUAUCACAACGAGGAAUAGUGAAAUUGGUGCCUACACAAGUCACGAAUCCCAAGGCGUUGUCUACCCUUUAGAGCCAUUCUCUCAUAAAGAUUCAUGGAUUUUGUUUUGCAAAAAGAUAUUCUCUGAUGGUUCAUGUCCUCCACACUUGGUGAGCAUUGCUGAAAACAUCUUAAAGAGAUGUAAUGGUCUACCCCUAGCGAUUUUGGUGAUAGCUGGGGUGUUGGCUACAAAGAGUGAGAGCAUUGAAGAAUGGGAAAGAUUCCAGCACAGUCUCAACAUCCAAAUGGAAAGCAAUAAUUGGAUGAAGAGCAUGAAGAAUCUACUUUCCCUCAGUUACUAUGAUCUACCAUAUUAUCUCAAGUAUUGUUUUUUAUACUUGAGCAUCUUUCCUGAAGAUGUCAUCAUCAACAAAAAUAUAGUGAUUCGACUAUGGAUUGCAGAAGGAUUUGUUAGGGAAAACAACAAACAAGUAAAAGAAGAAGUUGCUGAAGCCUAUCUGAAUGAAUUACUUUUUCGAAACUUAAUCAUACUUGUUGAGAAGGCUUUAGAUGGAAGAAUGAGGGGAUUUCGAGUGCAUGAUAUUUUGCGAGAAAUUAUUCUUUCCAAGUCAGUAGAGCAAAACUUUACCAUCAUUGCCACUGGGCAAAACACAGAAUCAUCCAAUAAUUUUCGACGCCUAGCAAUUCAUGAGUUUGAUGACAACAUUCUGAAGUAUUAG